AUGCAUCAAAGCACGAUGCGUGUAGUCGGCCUUGCCGCCGCUCUACUUGCUGCUACAGCUACUGCUGUCCCUGUACACUGCGGUGCCGUCGACGCGCUGUGGCAAGACGAAGCCGCCGUGGUGGGCAACUUUCCCGAGUGCGAAUCCUACUAUGACAACACCAACCCCGAGCAGACUACCGAAAUUGACCCCGAUCACCCAGAGGUGGACCGACUUGCUCUUUGCAGUCGUGGACAAGACGCCGGUGACUUCGAGUGCCCUGGCGUCGACAAGCGCGAUGAGCUUGAGGCUAGAAUCGUCCCAAUUGUUGUCUGCCGACGUGGCGUCCGACCGGUUGGAUUCAAAUGCUCCGGUGCUGGUAGGCGUGCUGCGCCCCCCUGGGGCGGGAUCGGCAACAAGCCUCCCAUUUUCCAAAAUGCUGCAUCCGCCGACAACGAGAAGCGCUUGCCACCUGUGGUUGGUAACAAGCCACCCAUUUUCCAGGACGUUGUCUCAUCCACAGAAAACGAGAAGCGUGGUGCCCCCCCCGUCAUUGGCAACAAGCCUCCGAUUUUCAACGACGCUGAGGUUACCGGCGAUGACAGGCGUGAUGAGCAACAUGUUGAGGGCAACUGGCCUCCCCACAAGCGCGCAGAGCAGAACACCGAGGGCAACUGGCCUCCUCGUGUCAAGCUGGAGGCCACCGAGGAUGCCGCCGCCACCCCUCCCCACGGCAACUGGCCUCCUCAUAAGCGCUCAGAACAGAACACUGAGGGCAACUGGCCCCCUCGCAUCAAGGCGGAAGCCACUGAGGAUGCCGCCGCCAGCCCUCCUCAUGAGCGCUCGGAACAAAAUGUUGAGGGCAACUGGCCCCCUCAUAAGCGCUCGGAACAAGACGUUGAGGGCAACUGGCCCCCUCACAAGCGUGGCAACUGGCCUCACAUCAAACCGGAAGUCGUCGAGGAUGCUGCCGCCGCCCCUCCCCACGGCAACUGGCCUCCUCAUAAGCGCUCGGAACAAAACGUCGAGGGUAACUGGCCCCCUCACAAGCGAGCAGAGCAGAACAGUGAGGGCAACUGGCCUCCUCGCGUCAAGCCAGAGGCCGCCGAGGCCGCCGAGGCCGCUGCCGCCACCCCUCCCCACGGUAACUGGCCCCCUCACAAGCGCGGGAACUGGCCUCCUCACAUCAAGCCCGAGGCUGAAGCCAACGACGAUCUCAAGGAGUAG